CAGGUCUCGAGAUGUAAACAUAGAAAAAAGAAAAGAAGCAGGUUUCAAUGAAAACUUUUAAAGGACUAUAAAACUUUCAAGAAGUCGAUUAUGUCAGGUCCAACAGCGAAUGCCGCAGAAAAUGCAACACAAAGAAAUACAGGUCCAACAGCGAAUACCACAGAAAAUGCAACACAAAGAAAUUCAGGACCACCAGCUGCUGCCGCAGAAAAUGCACCGAGGAACACUUGCUGGCCCACUCCAACAGGCCCAGCGCUUAAUGUCAUCAGUAGAACCACAGACUUGCCAAUACUGAGCAGAUCAUCAUACGAACAGUAUGACCGUAUUGUGGUCUUAAGAGAACCAAAACACGCGUUGGUUCCAUCAGGAGUUCGACUUUCUGCGAACGAGUAUGCUGUCGGAGUUGGAGAGUCUGUUUUGAAAUUUUAUAGAUGACACAAACGCUUUAACCUUGAUUAUCUUGGAUUUUUAACAUAUGCGGCUAGAUUGUUUCAGCAGCAAAAUAUAGAAUAGUUUGUUAUUUUCAAACAAUUGUUUCAGAUUUUGAAGACAAAAAAUGUGGCGACAUGAAGUAAUAGUAACACCAAAAAGUAUGUUUCACUAAAAAAUACAUAUCUAAUCAUCAGUUUAAUGAAAAGGAAGUGAAACAUCCCCGCUGAGUUGGUAAUCUGUGUUAACUUUCGGUUAUUAUCGGUUUGUCAAAUUUAAUUUACAAUUUGUGUUAGUGGGCGUUGUCUUAGUUUCUGAUUUUAUCGGUUUAACAAUUUGCUGUUUAAAAAAAAGAUGAAAUUCCGCAGUUUGAUCGAAUAAUUUGUAUCAAAUCGUUACCAACUUUUCUAUUAGAUAAACUAGCCAGUUAAGGUUAAGGUACUUUUCAAUUUCUGAUAAAUCUGAUAACUGAUAUGGUAUGGUAGUCACAUAUUUGAAAAAAGGUGAACCUCAGUCAAGUUUUGGACUCAGUGUUGUAACAUUUUCUGGUCUUUUGGGUACAUUCAUUGUUACUAUAAUAGAAUUCCGCUUACGCUGGUGCUUGGGGUGUGAGGGGUGGUGCUCAUUUCAUUACCUAUCAUGAACCGAGUCUGCUGAGUUAUGUUGCUUAUUUCUGUGCUCUUUGCUUUUUUCACAGAUUUUGUAGAUACUGUAUAUUAUGUUACAAAAUCAUUUUCGUUUAAAUAUAAAUGCUUUAAUGUAGACUUUACCGAAAAGCUAUCACUUAUUAUAGUAAAUUGAUAUUUUGAUAUGAACCCAAAUUUCAAGUCGGAGGACAUUUUCUAAUUUCAUAAGCCAGUAUUAAAUUUCAAAAGCCAGUAUUAUUUUAUAGUUUACUUCCCCAUGACUAGCACCAAACAGAGUUGUUCUACACGUUCUGGAGAUUCUUUUACCUCUUCAUAAAACAUUGAUACAGUAUAUGUCUUUGGAAGAAAAGGAACAAAUGCAAUCAUGUAUAGUGUGUUCGUUUUUUGUUGUUCUUCUUCUUGUUUUAUUGUUCUAAUUUACGUUACGGUAGUUCUGCACUCAUACAAAUUUUGAUUUGAGAGUCUAUGGGAAAAUCACAAUAUAGAUGACUGUUAUAUACAUUUCAAUCUUAUUGUCAAAGGUUGUAAAAUUAAAAAUAAAAGAUAUUUUACUUCAUUAUCUCCGAUAUUUGGCCGCGUUUGUCAUUGCCUUUAUCUAUUAAUAAUGGUAUUUUAUUGCAACUGUUUAUUAUUCUAUAUUUGUAUAAUAAACAUGUUUC